AUGGAGUCGUUCGAGAGUUGGGUGCAGGACACCUUUGCGCCAGUGGUGCUCACAUGCACUACGUCAGAAGCCGAGCGUAUCGCACAGAAGAACAAUCUCUCUGUGGCCAAUCUACUCAACGGUUUCGCACGCCUGGAGGACGCCGACACACCGCUGCGCUCCGUAACGCAUCCGAUCCAGCUCGCGCGCUUCAACUUCCGCUUCCUGACAGCUUCUCAGUUCCAUACUCUUGGAGUCAAUGAAGCCACUGAACAGCUCAACGCUACUAUCAAGCGCCACCCGCCACAACACGACGCAGCCUCUGCUGUGGAGCUGGACAUCCCACGCGUCACCAACGUCGACGAUGUCCCCACGUACUUACGCGUCAUCGGAGCAGACGCUGACGCAGAAGGCAGCAACGACCCCAUGCCCUGGUACCGCUCGUUCAAGCACACACUGAUGGAUACAUUCCGCUGUGAAGAGUACAGUCUUUUGUGUCAUCCAGUAGCUAUGCUAAUGGUUGUUAGCUCCACCGACCCGAACCCACGCCACAGUUUCGAAGAACUGACCUCGCCCAGAAACCUCCCAGCCCCGUUUCAAAUGGGUCUAUAUGAUGCCACACUGGUCCCCAAGUUCUUUGUGGUUUUACACGAUGUGCUGGAGACAGAAGGCACAUCUAUUGAUCCUGACGCGAUCUUAAGAAGCAUGAACAUUUCCACAGUCAACGGAGCCGUAUUGAAGAUUAAUUCGUUACCAGUUGAAAGUGCUCCAGUACCGUCACAGUUCUCGACAGUGUGGACGGACAAUCCGUACGUGAGGCCUCCUCUUUUUCCUCAUCUAUCGGAAACGUUCCCUCAAGUAACUGAGGGAAUGGGUACAUUAUUGUCAAGAGAUGAUGUGGCACAAAUCAAGACAUUUGUACGUGAUUUUGGACUGCGGUUCAUGUUGUCGUCGCUUGAGGGACGUAUCUUCCAGUUGAAUGAGGUGGUUUCAGCCAUGAAGAAAGGUGUGAAGAACGUGUUCAAGUCGUGGCUGCGUAAACCAAAGGACUUGCGCCCUUCGAACACUUCUUCGUCAGGUGGAGUUCUUUAUAAAAGUGAUUCAAUUGAGUCGCAGACGCGUCUUCUGGCCGAUACAGCGUUCCUCGUGCGAGAUUACGAGCUGGCGUUGCAAAUGUAUCGCUUAGUACGUGACGACUUUAAAUCAGACAAGUCAGUAUUUCAUUGCGCCAAUGUGAACGAGAUGAUUGCGGUCUGUCUACUUCUCACGAAGGGAUCACCUAUGCAGAUGACCAACGCUUUAGACGCGGCCAAUGCGAUCUAUGCCAAGACACCUUCUCCUCUAACGCAACGCAUGGCUAUUCGUACUGCGGUGAUUGCUGGCGAGAUCUACCACGCGUUGAGCAAGUCAGGUCUGUUCACGGAUUACAUGGACAACGCGUCUGCUGCUUUGAUCCGUGGCUCGACAAUGGAACAAGGGAUAUGUGCGGCUGUGCUUAUGGAGCGUGCAGCGUUGUGUGAUCUCCGCGCGCGACUGCCGAAAUUCCGCAAAUACGGGUUUCGAAUGGUUAUGGCUGGCCAUGUAUACGACUCUCUGGGUCAUGAACAGCACUCUGCGAGGUGCUACUCUUUGGCUCGUGCUAUCUACGACUGCAGCGGCUGGUUCCUGGUCGAAGACCAUAUCAACUUCAUGCUUGCCCAACAAGCGAACAAAUUGGACGAUCGCAUGGCUUCGAUUAACCUUUUCUUGAAGCUUAUUGGCACUGGUCGUAACUCGGCUAGUCAGCAAGAAGCGAUGCUGUACGAUUUCGGUCUGAUGGUCAAGGACUUCUUGGCGACAGAACGUGCUGACGCGUCUCCGUCUUCAUUCUCUCGAGGUGGACCUGUCUUGAUUAAGGAUGGAUACGGUAGCGCCCAGAAACUACUGGUGAGGGACUUGUGCAUGCCUGAGCUGGAUGACAAGUCCACUGUUGUGUUUGCAGCGACUAAUGCGUUCGGGAUUGAUCGAUCUAUCGAUGGAAAUGCUUCAGAAGCGGAGACGUGGCAAGAGCUUAGCGACAUGAUUGACAAGCAGAACCGACUGCAUCAAUAUGUUACGACUGGAAACAACGUGGAAGUCAAGAGCUGGUUUGCGCCUUCACAUCUGUACGCUGGUUAUCGCAGUAAAAAGAAUGCUGCAGUUCAGAAACCCGACAACUACGUCUUAGGGGAACAGAUCUAUGUCGAGUUUGUGAUGAAGAACGCGCUUUCUUGUGCUGUGGAUGUCGAAGAGAUUCACUUGUUCGGCAAGUUCGAGACCUCUGAUGAGUCCUUUGAUGUCCCCGAGAGUAGAGACACUGGAGAACAGCGUAUUGUGAUCGAUAGUGUGAACCUACAGCUCCUUCCGUGCAGUGAAGAACGAGUUCGACUUGCGGUGUGUCCGAAGAUAUGUGGGAAGUUAAGCUUGACGGGCGUUCGCUGGUCGAUAUGUGGUGGCGAUGUCCAAGGCGAGCACGCGUUCGAUAUCCCUGGACCUCUCUUGCAAGAUACUCGAGCAAACCGAGAAGCUCGAGCUCGAGCGCCGAACAUGAGUCUAAUAGCCAAUGUUGUCGAGUCCAUGCCGUGGCUUGGAGUCAAAGUCGACGGCGUUCCUGUCGAAUCUUUUGUCGGUGAGCUGAUGGAGCUGAAGGUUUCUCUCGUCAACUCUGGCACUGCACCUCUUAGUGGAUUGCAAGUCUGCUGUACCGAUUUGCAGCUUUGUGCUUCUGGUACAGGCAACGUGAAAGAUCUUUGUGGCUACGUUGGUGCGAAUGGGCACGUUGUAAACUUGAGUGACGUCAUUCUCGCCCCUGGAGAAAGCAAAGAAGUGGCAAUAUGGGCUCGUGGGGCAGUUCCGGGACGACGUCAUGCGGCGCUGUUAUUCAAAUACGUAACCUCAACGGAGAACACCAAGUCUUCACUCUCGCGCACGGUGAAAAUCAAGCUGGACCUGGACUUACUGCCGUGCAUUGACGUGUCGUACUCUAUUGAGCCAAGUUUUGGUGCCAGUGGAGAGUAUACGCUUGGCCUUACAGUAUCAAACCAGCGAGGUGACCAUCACAACAUGACGAAUGCUCUAGACGGUAUGGUUCGUCUGGAGGAGCUCCUAUGUCUUAGCAAUACUUGGACGGUUGAGAGAUUGACCCGAACGCAGUCACAUAAUUCGACCAGUGUGCGGGAUUCGCUGCGUCUCGGUUUCUUUGAAGCAAGCACGAGUUACUUCCGCGUGGUCCGACGACGCGAUGUUUCUGCGACGGAAUCGUGCAAGUUGGCUCUUAACUCGGAACAGAAUGGAGCGGAGUUGUCAGCAAGCUUGCCGAUCGAACAGUUUUUGUGCUUGGAAAACGCUGCAGAGCUCGUUCGAGCUGGUGGUGCUGGAUCUGGCGAUGGAAACGACAGCAAACGUGGCGGCUUCCGUACGAUCCAAAGUGUGCGACGAGAGAACAAGGCGUUGAAAAAUGCUGCAGGUGAAAACAGCAACGACCAGAAACCUCAACAAGAACCGCAGCCUAUGUCGAAAGACGCGCUGCUCUCGCACUUAGAUACCGACGGCCAUCUUGUACUCGUAUGGUCGACAGAUUGCCAUGUAUCGUACGGCGGUCACGUGUCAAUGCAUCGAGCAAUUGGCCAAGCGAAUCUCACAUCGGUGAAGAUUCGUCCAGUGACGCAGGAAGCCUCGUGUCCUCUGACUGUAGCACUCAGUUACAGUGACUCUGUUGAGCUGCAGAGAUCCACGUAUCCUGGAUCUAAAUCAGGACUGAGUAUUGCGGAGUUGGAUAUCUCGAUGGAAGUCUGCAACGACUCGGUGCCUAGUUCCACACCUCUUGAUGUCACAGUCGAGAUGCUUCAUCCAGAGGAGGCACAGGCUUCGCUUCCGUCUUCUGCUCCGUUGACUAAGCUGCAGUCUGUGUCUCAUUCCGGCGCCUCUCCUCCGCUUGGGUCACCGCCACGUUUCCUUUGGACUGGAGUUACCAAGAAGAAGAUUGCUCGAUUCUCACCGAACAGCAGCGUGACAAUCAAUCUCAAGGCGUGCUUCAUGACGUCGGGUAUCUACAACUUGAACCGCUUCCGGUUCGUAGUGCAUGCUGCCACUCCUGGACACCCCGCAAGUGUGUUCAUGCUUCCUGCUGAAUACCUCGUGUAUUUGCUUGUCCCGGUGCCGUAG